AGGUGUUUGUGCUUUCUUUCUCUAUCUUAUUCUGUGUGCACUCCCAGUGACCGUACCAUGGUCAUCUAGCCGGGACCCUUGAGCAAGAUGCGACAAGUGCAAUCUACAAGUAUCGAAGAUGAAUGCCACGAGGCCGUGCUGGAUUUCAUCCAGAACCUCUCCGCCGACGAGAGCGAGCUGUUUGAGGCCACGGAAAAAUCCCAGCAGUUGAUCGAUGACCUUCGUCACGUGGACAGUUGUCAGAAGGGUUCGAUUUCGAGGAAAAUUGCCCCGAAUAUCACCAAGUUUGUCGCGGGAAUUGAACAAUAUGGCACGGCGAUGGAUGUCCUGGCCGGUUCGGUUUCCUUGAUGUCCCCGAUUUGGGCGUCGGUGCGGGUUCUGCUUUCG